GGAGGAGGAAGAGAUGUCGCUUAGUGGACACGCGUCACACCUGGAAGUCUCCUACUCUCACUCAUCUCUAUCUCUCUCCCGGCUUGGUUUGGUGAAAUCUGUGGGUUUCGAAUCCAAAUCGUCGUGAUUGGUCGUCGAGGACGAAUCAGUAGGCGAUUCCGUUAGCGAUGGUGGGGUGGGCGAUAGCGUUACACGGAGGCGCCAGAGCCAUUCCAAUCAAUCUCCCUGAUGAGCGACAUAUCCCUCGCGAGACCGCCCUCCGUCACUGCCUCGAUCUCGGCGUUUCCGCCCUCAAAUCCGGCAAACAUCCACUUGACGUCACCGAACUCGUCGUUCGUGAACUUGAGAACCACCCAGACUUCAAUGCUGUUGGAUUACACAGCGCUUACACCGAAAAAACCUGAAAUCCGUGGCGACAGUCAGUGCCUUCAAGAUCUCAGCCAGCAACGCCAAACUCUACUUCACUCCCACAGCAAGGUAUGGUAUCAAACAUUACUCUAUUCUAUUAUAUCUUGACUGGGCAUACAUAAACUUACAAUUUUGAUGGAUCAAUUAAGCACCCUAAAAUAAGCACAUUUGCAAUGGAGGAGAAAAAAUGUCAAGUUGCUUAGCUAAGUCUCUUACCUAAAUUAUCUCCUUAAAUACUAUUAUAAUAUA